UUUAGGGGGAUUAUUUUUCACUUUUUUAUUUUUCAUUACUUUUCAUACUUUUUCAUUUGUUUAUGUAAGAUAUUGAUCCUGUGUGAAAUGGUGGCAGUUUUUGGCAUGCUCUGGUUAAUAAUGUGAGCUUUAACCCUGCCCUUGUGGACUUAUGCCGUGUGUAUCUUUCACAACUGUCAUUGUUUUCUAGUUCUGUGUUUACUUCAGCCCAAAUACGAAUAUGAUAUUGACUUACAUAAUAAUGGUAUAUAGUUAUGCCCGUUCAACUGCUGAUCGCUCAACAACAUUUUUUUUUUGGCCGCCACUUACAGCAACGACACACUUUAGCUUGUCGGGUUACUUCACCAUUAUUACUGUAAUAAUGUGUGUUCAUUUUGAAAUGAUUACAGGCUGCACUGAUUCUUGCGUUGAGAGUUACUUUGGGUUGGUAUUGGGGAAUAGAGUGGUGUAAAUCGACGUUGAGCUGGUUUUAUUGUUUGUUGUCUUACUUCGCAUAAAGUAAUGUUAGUCUGUUAUCUGUUGUUGGCUGUUUUCUUGUCAAUGUUGUGAAUUGUUGAAUUUGUUUUGCAGAUUUGGGGAGGUAGAUUUAUACUGCUGCUGUAUCGUUAAUUAGGCUCUCAAGCUGAAAGCAUGAAGCCUCGGCGACGAGGGACAUAUCUGUAACUCUCAUCGAACAGAAUCCUCAUAUAUUUCUUGUUGUUCCUCGGGUCAUUAUUCUUAUGAAGAAAGACGCCAUAUAAGAUAUAUUAAUACAGAUAUAUUAAAUUCUUUAAGAAACUUUUUGUACAGAACCGCUUACUGAUUGCCUUGAAUGGAGUUAUUUUGCAUAUGUGGGCCUCUAUGACCGAGGGAGUUAGCGUAUCAUAAUGCACACCUCCAAUGCCAAUGCUGGCCCCCAUUGCACAGGUGAAAUAUUCUUGAGUAUGGCGUAAAACACGAAUCAAAUAACUAAAGAAAUAAAUAUUUGACAUAUUCACACCAAAUGGGGCUAUAAGGUUUGAAAACGUUGUUCAAAUCUGCUUAAAUAUCUUUAAACUCACGGCUGUCUCUAUUUUUGAGCUUUAAAAUAAAAACGUAUUCAGUUAUAUGUAAGUUUGCUUGUCGAAGACGAUUCAGAUUUGAUUUUUCUUACCAUUUAUAGUUUUCAUGUAAAACGCCAUUAAAGCUUGAAAUCAUGCGCCUUUUGUUUGCAUGUUUGAAGAUUACGACAUCAAAAGUACUACCUCUUCGCAUUUGAAGGUAAGUGAAGAACUCUGUGUGGUCUUACCGUCACCUGAAUAUUGUGCACUUCUAUAUAAGUUCUGAACGUAUGGCGCUCCCAAGUAAUUAUUACCACAUAUGCUUUAUACACGUGUAUGAACAUUUUGUGUUUAAUGUAUUUCACAGCCUACCCAAGCAAUGCAGAAUUAAUCUAAUUCUGUGCGACAGUUGCUGAUACAUGUGUAUAUCGCGGUCAGGAAAGCGCCCUAAAUUUUGACUAAAAUACCAGCGCCAACGUGUAUAUUAUCGACUGUUAACAAACAUCAUUAGGCCGCGAUUUUGAUCUGUACUGAAGAAGAAGCUGAAAACCAUUCGUGAACACUGAUUACAGGCCUUGAAACUGCAGGUAGUUUUAGUUUGUUUUGUUUAUAGAUAAAUGCAUAAAAAAUAAUAGAAUUACAUGUAAUAACAUUUUUUAAAUAUUAAUAAUUAAUAAUAUGGUAUUUGAUUCCCCGUGCACAGGUGAGAAAAAAUCAGAACAACCCACCUCCAUGGCUUUGUCUCUCAUCUGCCAGACCUCUGACAGUUGAAUCGUGACCAAUGACAGGACGUUUCUGCAGUGCGUUUGGGGUGUUCAUAUCGGGGAGGGAGGGACUGGCUUGCCUGGCUCAGGUUGUCAAGACGGCAGCAAUGUGCGCCGCCCAGUCGAUGGCAAUCGCUGCACCUGGCAUGUUUUGAGUGCUGUCCAUGGCUGGUAGUUGAUCGAACUCUAAAUUGAGAGGCUUUAGCAAAAUCGGCUUUUGGUAACCGAAACGAGCCUAGGGCGACCCGAACCCGUUAAGUAGGAGAUUAUCGAGUAGAGAGAGCAUCAUCUGACAAGAGAUCUGCACAACGGAUUUAUUCACCUACCGUCUGCCACCGCAGACGUAUCGCGUGGCCAGGGGAUCUCAGCGCGAGUGUAUCAGCAGACUGUCUGAGAGAGAGUUGAGGCUUCCUUCAUUACCAUCCGGUUUGUAUGUCGGCAGUGCUCACCUGGCGCUUGACAGAAGAGACGCCUGGAAUUAACGGGCGAUGAGCAGGCCGAAACAACAAUACAGUCGUGAUGGCAACUGUUGGACACGUACCAAAAUGUGGCAUUCCAUUCUCAGAUCUCAUCAUCACAAACUACGUUCUGGUGCAGUUUUUGGUGCUUACCGUUACAGUGAUAGCCGGGUUCGUAUGUGCCAAGACGGUUGUGGACAACGUGCGGCGGCGCUGCGCUCGCCUAACGGUGCUAGUUGUGGGUGCCGGACCUGUGGGGCUUACAUCAGCCCUUAUUGCAGCACGAAGCGGCAAGGUGGGCAAAUUGAUACUGUAUGAAGAACGGUGUCGCCACGCACUUGUGAACCGUCCUAACCAGGUCGCCUUCGACAGCAAACGUGUAGCUUUCCUCCGUCGAUUUGGCGUGGACUUCGACAACUUGGAAGGUUGUUGGCAUAACGGAUGUUUCUUCACACGCGUAGGGGUGUAUAUAGAAUACCUGCUAAGCAUUGUGGAACAGGUGGGAGUACCUCUGGAUAUCCGGCUGGACACCAGGUUUACACGAGACAAUUUUAAAAAUCUUGAUGUAUCCGCGGGACGGUUACUGGCAAUCGUGUGUGACGGUACAAACGGUGUGGCUGCCAGCGUGCUGGGAUUAAACGACGCCUUUAUGCAACACUCGUGCAAAGCGUACGGCGCAGUGGCGGCCAUAGAGCGCACGGAUCAGCAGCAGGUGCCCGCGCCAGAAAAGAGAGUCCACGGACUGAACUUCGAUAUGACGGCGUACGGUAUGGACACAGUAGAACCGGAUGGCAACGAAGGUUUCCACCUGAAGAUAUUCGGCAGUCCUCGCACCCGUUACAUGACACUGUGUAUACCCAAGUGUGAUACAAAGCUGGUUAAAGCGCUUAGAGUGAUAUUAGAUCGGUCGAUGAUGAGGAAUAUAUUCCAGACAUGUUUCAAUACGUACAAGUCAAGCGAGGAAUCCAAUAUAUCAGACUCUUUUGCUCUAAAAUAUAUGAAAUUUAGCCCACGUUUGUUCGAGAUAAAGUUGUCUCAGCGAGAGGAGACCGUCGCCUAUUACGAGGACUUCGAUAUGUUUGUGUUAGCUGAAGGGGAUUCGGCUCGGAGCUACAACUUCCAUACAGGUAUGGACGUGAACGUUGGCCUGAAGGGCUUGGAGACGCUUCAGCAGUUCAUCAACAUGGCUGCCUGGUGUGAAAGUGAACACGCCAUUUUGGAAACUCUGUUAUUCAAAGCAAAUCACUCCGAGCAGGUUUGUAAAGAGUUCCUGCGCUCAGGACUUCGGGACUAUUUGUUUUCGUGAUGAGAGAGGAAAACUUCCAUAAACCGCUCCUGUAUUCAACCGCAAAAGUGGGUUAAAUAUGACAUCUUUACCACCUGUGUAUGCUUCUUGGGGAAAAGA